CGACACUCGUGACAGUAUUGACAAUUGACAAAUUGACAUUGACAAUCAUUCAAAAUUGAAUACAAUCCUAUAACCUCAAAGAUUAUAAAUUAAUCGCUGAAAUAUUUAUUUAUCAAAAUACAAUACCAUAUUUGGUUUUAAAGUGUUAAUAUUUUUGAAGAUAAUGAACUGAUACGUUACUCUGUGGCUAUGAAAUAGCACUAAAAAGUGAGAACACGUGGAAGAUUGUUUGUUGUCUUCCUCACAACAGCUAUAAGAAAAAUAUUAUUUUAAGAAUAGUGUUGAAAUGGGUGACACUGAAAUAAUUAAUAUGCAAGAUGAACCAUGUGCCAAUAAUGGGCAGGAGGACAAUAAUUUUCCUCAAUUUACAUUAUUUGAUAUAAGAAUAGACUCGGGUCUGAAAGACGACGAAGGAAAUGAGCUUCCAAGACCUUUUACAAAAAAUCAAAUGCGCAAAUGGUUAAAAAAAGUAAAAUGGGAAAACCGCAAAGCGGAGAAACGUGCUAAAGAAAAAGCAAGAGCCAAAGAAAGGCGGAAGCAGGCACGAGAAGCUAAUGUUGUUCUAGGUCCCAAUAGGAAGGUAUUGAAGAAAAUGAAGUUAGAGAGACCGAAAAAAAACAUUUCAAUUGUAAUAGAUCUCGGUUUUGAUCAUUUAAUGACGGAAAAAGACAGAUUUAAAGUAAUAAAACAAAUUCUACGCUGUUACUCAAUAAAUAGAAGGUCGGAAACACCAAUUCAGUUCCAUAUAACAAGUUUUGGAGAAAGGUCUAGAAGUGACAUGUCCAGACAUAAUGGAUAUGAACAUUGGGAUAUAGACUUUCAUGAAGUAUCAUACCUGGAAGUGUUUCCGAAGGACAAAAUAGUAUAUUUAACAAGCGAAUCUGACAAUGUGAUUGAAGAAUUUGAAGAGAACACAGCUUAUAUUAUUGGAGGCCUUGUAGAUCAUAAUAAACAUAAGGGCCUCUGCCAUAAAAUAGCUGUAGAACAAGGUAUAAGACAUGCACAACUACCAUUGGAUAAAUACAUCAACAUGAAAACUAGAAAAGUGCUGACAAUUGAUCAUGUGUUUGAGAUUGUCCUACGAGUAUGUGAAGGAGUGCCGUGGCAAGAUGCACUUUUGAAAGUUCUGCCUCUAAGAAAAGGUGCACAUGUUUGUGACAGUGUUAGUAAUUCCAGUUUAGACAUUUCAUGUACUAGUGAAACCUCAAAUUGAUUUAUACUAAAAGUAUACAUUAUCUGUAGUUUUUAUGAUUAAUUAUGUCUUUUAUAUGUAAAAAAUAUUAAAUUUAUUUAUAUUAAACAUAUCUACAUAAUAUGGUAUUUAUUUAGAAUGUAACAACAAAUAUGACUAGUGUAUUUUAUUUGUAGCAUUUAACGUUUGUAACUAGAUUGAACAGAUACAUUCCUAAGCAACAUGAAUAUCAAAAAAUUACAAUAAUUAUAUAUAUAUUUUUAUAAUUAGCGCAGUGAGACAAACUCACUCAAUUUAUUGAAAAUACGGAUUUUGUGAAUUGACUGAGAGACUAGUUUCAAGCCUAUCGCGUGGACUCAGCCAGCUGCACGAUUUCUCUGCGACGCGACGGCGACGCCCACGGCUUUAAAAACGCAAGAAACGCGAUACGUGAUUUGAAACUAGUCGAAUUUUUCUCA